CAAUUUUUCCGAAAGAUGUCGCGGUAGUUUCUCUAUGUGUCACGUAGUUAGAGGCCUUUUGAGAUUUCCACAUCUUGCAUUGCAUGUUACGAUCCGCAAGGUGAAUUGUAUUUCUAUUUACUCCGUCCUGAAAGUGACGCGUUGUUGACAGUUACAGCUGUAAUUUUAGCAAGAAUUCAUCUCUGUGUUAAAACACCUCCCUCCAAGAAGAGGUUACCAGCAGGAUGAGCUGCGUUCGAUGUUGUUUGGUCAGUGCAGGUCGCUUAGCUUCUUCCAACCAUAUGACUAAUCAUCUACACAAAAUUGUCAGAGUCGUAGCUACCCGAUCGAUAGUCACGACCAGUCCUCUCGCCAAAUCACCCAGUGAUAGUCCACCGCCACCAAAUAAAGAUGCGGGAAGUAGCAAUCCUCCCUCGGGAACAUCGGCAAAUAACGGAAGUAGCGGUACUGGUGGAGGGAAAAAGAAUACCCUCACUUGUCCAAAGUGUGGAGAUCCUUGCACUCAUGUUGAAACAUUUGUCUCAUCAACGAGGUUUGUCAAAUGCGAAAAGUGUCAUCAUUUCUUUGUUGUUCUGUCCGAAAUUGACUCCAAAAGAACCUUGAAAGAGGCAUUAAGGCCUGAAGAGCCAAAGCAAGGAUUUUAUAGGAAACCACCACCGCCACCCAAGAAGAUCUUUGAGUACUUGAACAAGCAUGUCAUUGGUCAAGAAUAUGCAAAAAAGGUCCUCAGUGUCGCUGUGUACAACCACUAUAAACGGAUACACAACAAUCUGCCAAUGCAAAAUGCAACCCCAGUCAAUGCUACCCAGGUAGCAACGCAGGAAUCCAAUCACCCAUUCACACAUAGAGGUCUCAAACCACACCUUCUUCACAUAUCGAGUAUAGGAAACUCGCUCGGGGUUGGAUUUCAGCACGUUGCGCCAGGCGCCGAUCAGCAAAAAUCAUCCGGCAGUCAGUCGAACACCGGGUCCGACAUCUUAGACAGCAAACAGCAUCAAUUAAAAUUGGAGAAAAGUAAUAUACUCCUGCUGGGACCAACAGGUUCAGGGAAGACCCUAUUAGCCCAGACAAUUGCUCAAUGCCUUGACGUUCCUUUCGCCAUCUGUGACUGCACCACGCUGACCCAAGCUGGUUACGUUGGAGAAGACAUAGAAAGUGUCAUAGCGAAGCUUCUUCAGGAUGCAAACUAUGUUGUCGAUCGAGCACAAAUGGGUAUUGUUUUCCUCGACGAAGUUGACAAGAUCGGAGCAGUUCCUGGUAUUCAUCAACUCAGAGAUGUUGGGGGGGAAGGCGUGCAGCAGGGCAUGUUGAAGAUGUUGGAAGGAACCAUUGUCAAUGUUCCGGAGAAAAACAGUUCUAGAAAACUAAGAGGAGAUACUCUUCAAGUGGAUACCACGAAUAUAUUGUUCGUCGCAUCGGGGGCGUACAACGGACUUGACAGGCUUGUGUCGCGUCGAAAGAACGAAAAAUACUUGGGCUUUGGGGCUACACCGUCGUCUGAAAGUCCAGGACGUAGAGCAGCGAGUCUUGCCGACGUUGCAAAUAUGUCUCCUUCGACGGAAGACGACAAUAAAGAGAAAGACAUUCUGCUGAGACAAGUGGAAGCCAGAGAUCUUAUCGACUUUGGUAUGAUACCGGAGUUCGUUGGACGAUUUCCAGUUCUCGUUCCUUUCCAUACUCUCAACAGAGAUAUGCUUGUAAGAAUCCUCACCGAACCAAAGAACGCAAUGGUACCUCAAUAUCAAAUGCUGUUCUCUAUGGACAAGGUGGAUCUCAGUUUUUCGCCUGAUGCAUUGGCCUCUAUCGCGGAUCUUGCUAUGGAACGGAAAACGGGGGCUCGCGGUUUGAGGGCGAUAAUGGAAUCCUUGUUGUUGGAACCAAUGUUCGAAGUUCCGGGAAGCGACGUACUGUCUGUACACGUUACAGAUGCCUGUGUUCGUGGUGAUGAUAAACCGCAAUACAUGCGUCGUGGCGAAACUAAUGACGAUGAACUACCACAAGCACAGCAUGUUCAGAAUUAACCCAGGAAAACACUGUUUACCUAGGAUCCUCACGUUCGAGUUUCUGUAACACGGAUACAAACACAAUCAGAAAGUAUUGCACGUGAAUUUUUGAUUAGUGCGUACAUAUGUUUUAUCCAUGUUAAGGAUACUGGUGCAAAAACCUAAUUAUAAACCGUGAAUAAUUUAUAAUUUUGUUUUAUAUUAAUUCCGUUGGAAUUGAAAAACGCGGCGGGUAGAUUGAUGAAUUGUCAAAAGUACAAUACUUUUUUCUUUUGUUUCGAAAAAGGUGUCAAAAUUUUAAUAUAAUAGGUAAACAAAUUAAAAAAUUUUAGUUAAUUAAAUUUAUGCAGGAAUGCGUAUGAUAUUAUCGGAAAUAAAGCGAUACUAUUGUUAAACGUAUUUUUUUUAUCACAUACACAUUCAAUAUUAUCUACAUAAUGUAUAAUAUACAGGGCAACUCAAGACUAUCACUCU